AUGAUCAUAGGGCACCCCCACAAGAACCCAAAAAACGGAUCCCAAGCGCAGCUUGGGAUCUCUGAGGACAGGGGCCAGCAGGGCCUGGACGUGCUGGUCUUGCUGCUGAGCCUCAAGCUGCGGCACAGCUCGCGGCUCCAUCUGCUGCGGGGACGCCACGAGUGUGGCUCCAUCUCGCGGAUCUACGGAUUUUACGACGAGUGCAAGAAGCGGAGCAACGUCAAGGUGUGGAGGGCCUUCAUCAACUUCUUUGACGCCAUGCCGAUCUGCGCGCUGAUCAACCACCGCAUCUUCUGCGUGGCCAGUGGCCUGUCGCCCGAGCUGCAAGAUUUGGAGCAGAUUCGCCAGCUCCGUCGGCCCAUGGACGUGCCGGACAUGGGGCUGUUGACCGACCUGCUGUGGUCGGACCCGGAGAAGGAGGUGACCGGCUGGAAUGACCAGGACAAAGGUGUCUCAUACACUUUUGGCGCAGAUGUGGUGCAGAAGUUCUUGAAAGACCACGAUCUGGACCUCAUUGUGCGGGGGAAUCAGGUGGUUGAGGAGGGCUACGAGUACUUUGCGGAGCGGUUGGUGUCCCUCUUUAGCGUGGCGGACUUUUGCGGGGAGUUUGACAACAUCGGCGCCGUCAUGCUGCCUGGCAAUUUCUUCCGAUGCCUGGGUUGGCGGUUGAAUCCACAUGGGUUGCAGCUAUGGUUAUUUUUUCUGAGUCUAGAUUCAAAGAACCGGUUGUACAUAUGGUGA